UGAGGGAUAUAACUACAUACCAAUCCCAUGACUCAUUUUAUAAAACCUGUACGGAGUUUUCCAGUCCACCCUUUGAAUUUGAGUAAGGGGGUGCAGAUACAUGACUCCCGCAGUCGGUUUCUCUAAUGUACGCACUCGGACAUCUUGCCGAGCAAGCUUGAGCUCGGACAAAUGGCAAUCCGAGAGCCAUAGCCCAGCCUGCACGCCUCCCCCCCCCACGUUCUUUCAUGUCUGCUGCAAGCCACCAGCGGUAACCCGAUGGACGGGAGAGGAGAGACGAGGGGAGAGAGGAGGCUGGGUAAACUCACAGGCGGAAUAAAGAAAUCACCACGACGGAAAUGAAGUCAUACCGUGCAUGGCUAACAAGGUUUAGGCGAGUCCGAGAGAGGUCCGUGUCAGAAGACUCGCACUGCACAAGGUGGGCCUGACAGAUGGAGAAAAAGGAGCUGUCGCAUGCCCUUCCUGCUACUAAUCUAGCCCCGGCUAUGGGGUAUGAAUUAUUUGAUUUCUUGGGAGAUCGUUGCAGGAUUUGACUCAUUGACUGCGCGGAAAUUCCCGCAUGACUGGAAAAAGACGUUGAUGUCCUAUGAAGCUCGAUGGACUGCGGGCCUUUUGUGUUGGUCUGUCAAAUCUGAUGGAUGCGGUGCAGAUCGCGGGGUAACCCCGCCAGAUGAUAGCAGGAUUCAAGUCAUAGCUGAUGAGAAGAAUACUACUAUCUCCCCGAUAUAUUUUCGUCCUUGGGGAAUGGUGUUUUAUGCAUACUUUGAGAUUAUUGGCAGCCUUCUCGUAUACUGUUUUGAUAACUAGCUGAUAAAUACUACUCACUAAUUCUGUAACCGAG